AUAUUCCUGUAAGAACAAUUUAAUUUUCUACGUCAAAUAUUAGCCAAGGACAUCAUUGUGUGCCCUUGACCACAUACAGAGCUCCUCCUACUCAGGGAGACCCUUGUUUUGGCGUCAUCACAAUGAUUGGGGAGAAGAGAAAUCGUCUUUUAUGGUCGGAGGCAAAUGUUGUGAUUGAUCGGGGGUUAUCCAGUUUUCCACCAAUAGUAACUAACUGUCUUAAACUGUGUUUCAUUGUGGUUAUUUCCUGGAAUAUGCUUCACUUGGUGUUUUUCUGUUGUAGAGCGGAAUAAAAUACCCAUGUAUGUUAGUCUGUGCGGUAAAGGAAAUACAUCCUCAUGGAGUUUUGACGAAGGCCAACGAAGACGGUGGAUUUGAUGGGCCCAUAGAGAAACGAGUCAAGAUUUUAGAUGGAUUUGAACCUUAAAAUCGAGUUAAUUAAUAACAAUUAUCUCCAUUGUCAAGCUGGGACUUAAAAUGGCCAACCAACAACCAUCCAAUCUCACUCUCGCAUGGGAGAAAUAUAUGGACUGUCGUACACAGGGAGCAGAUCUACGUGUCAGUCUGCAAUCCUUGGAGAAAUUCUUGCUUUUGUUCCACUCUGUGCAACACCUCGGGGAGCCUGGGGUGAAGGAUGCACUGAAAUUCUGCUCAGACAUGAGUGGUGCCAGUAACACACUGGCUAGGGAAUUUCUGACAGAUGUUCACCAGCUGUGUAGUGUGGUGGCUCAGCGAACAGAGGCCCCCAGUGAGGAGGAAGAGGAGGAGGGUCACAUGGUGGCUCUGGGAGAGUACCUGGCUCAAGGCCGUGGCUUCCUGCUGCUAAGCACCCUGGAUGCUGUCCUCGAUCAGGAACUGACAUGUCGGGAAGAGCUGCUCACACUCUUGUUAUCGCUGCUACCACUAGUGUGGAAGAUUCCUGUCCGAGAAGAAAAGUUCCCUGAUUUCACCCUGCCCCCACUCCUGGAAAUGCAUCAUUGUCGAGAGGAAAAAGCUGCCACUCUGAAUGUGGGAAAGCAGAAAAUUUAUGAUGCACAGAACUCUGGAAAGCACUUCUCUCACAAUUGGAAGUCACGGCAUAUAAGAAGGACAGCUCAGAGAAAUUCAGUGAGCAAUGUGUACAAAUCACAGAUAUCCACGUCUGAUUCUGAAUCAAAUUCGGAUGAAAAAGCAGCAAACACAUGGUCCAAGCAUCGCAGGUUUCCUGGUUCAUCUAGUCGUGCUAGUCACCAGCACCACCAGUUAGUUAUUCUUCUGCAGCAGCCAUUGCAGUAUCCUUGUGUGGAUGGCAUGAGCAGUUUUAAGAGGUCCAGGUCUUACACGAGGCACUUUGAAUCACUGCCACCCAAUACUGAAAUGCUAACUGACCCUACAGCCUUUUCUAUUUUGAAUGGUAUUUCAAAUUCACCAUUUGACCUCUGUCAAGUUUUAUUGUCCUUACUGGAGAAAAUAUGUAAAUUUGACAUGACUAUCAAUCACAACCCCUGCUUAACUGUUAGUGUUGUUCCCAAGCUCACUGAAAUUCUGACAGAGUUCUAUGACUGCUGUGGACCGGGAGGGGGAAGUGGUCGGAAAGGGGUUGAUGAACUAGCUGCAGGCUGGGCCAAGGAGCCAGUUGCCCUUGUUCAAAGAAUGUUACUGCGCACCAUCCUGCAUUUAAUGUCUGUAGAUAUGGGUCAGAGUGAAGUAUUAUCCAAUAAUUUGCGGCAAAGCCUAAGUGAUCUGCUCAGAGCCAUCCUGAAGAUUCGCACCUGCCUUGAUAGGCAAGCCAUCAAAGCAGGUGUGAAUGUAUUUGCUCCUCAAACCAAAAAGACUAUACAAGAGGUGCAAGAAGACUUUUCUUUUUCUAGUUACCAUCACCAAGCGCUGCUGCUGCCAGAACUUCUUGAGGGUGUCCUUCAAUUUUUGCUUGGCUGCUUAGAAGCCUCUGCCCCAAAUCCUUUCUUUUUCGGUCAGGCUCUUGAACUAAUUCAUGAGUUUGUUCAGCACCAUGGCCUUGAGCUGUUUGAGGAAACUUGCCUUCAUCUUGAAGCCAUUGGUAAUACUUGUGAUUCUGAGAUGAGUGGUGAAGUCUUGGAACGAUUGCAUGGCAUUAUUUCUGGUGUCCUUAAGAUAAUCAGUGUAGUGAAGAGGGCCAAAUCAGAACAACUACACCAGUCAUCAUGUGCACGGCGCCGUCACAGACGCUGUGAAUAUUCCCAAUUGCUGCACCAUCACCAUGACAUCUCAGGACUGCCUGUCACUGCCUUCAAGCAGGCAACUCAACACAACCUUGAGGAGAAAACUGAGGGUAAUGAUUGGCAAGUGUGCUACCCUGAACAUUGUUGCAUUCUGGCUGUCUGUGCUCACCAGUGUCUGCGACUACUCCAACGUCUCUCACCCUCUGGCUCUGCCGUGCUACAGGUGCUGGCUGGAGUGCAAGCUGUUGGUAUUUGUUGCUGUAUGGAACCACAUUCAGUGGUGACUCCUCUGCUUCAAGUAUUUCAAGCCCCAGGGCUGUGUAGCUAUCAGUCCUAUAUUCUCAAUGUACUUAGUAGGCUUGUGCUGGAACAGCUGGGAGGGAAACAACCCUCAGAGAAGGCAAAAUGUACCUCUUGCGAAAUCUGUAUUUUGAACAGCAGCCAGAAACUUGGUAUUGAAAAGACAUUGCAAGACUGUGGGCUGGGAAAGGAGAUGGCCUCCUCCACGUCUCCCUGUUCCUCCUUUCAAUCACAAGUUGUUCUACCAAGUGCAGUGUCUGAAGACAUGCUUUGGGAAUGGGAUGCUUUAAAAGCUUACCAGGAAAUAGUCUUUGGUAAAGAUUGGCAGUUGAGUAAGCAGAUUGCCAGUCAUGUAUGCCAACUGAGCUUAAAGGGAAAUGCAGUGAUACAGUGGAAACUGUACACUUACAUUUUUUAUCCUAUGCUUCAGAGAGGUGUGGAGCUAGCCCACCAUGCUCAAAAAUUAGGUGUGUCCAAGAUAUGCAGUCAGGUCUGUAGCUGUCAUACCCACUGCCUCCCUGUGGAAGUGCUGCUUGUUUAUCUUCAGGCGCUGCCCUACUUACUCAAGUCAAGCACAGUGGUGCGUGACAUGUUCCUAAGCAGUACUGGGCUGAUACAGGUGACUGAGUUGAUCUAUCUGGACUCCACUCGGCCUUCGGCACUUAAGGUGUUUGAGACAUUGAUUAUAAUUGGCUCUGAUCAUCAGACAGAUGCUGCACUGCAUGGGCUGGGUAAAGCAGAACACCAAGAGUCUCAAGGGACAGAUGAUGGUCCACAGAGUUUCAGUAAAUUCUAUGAGGAUCUAAAAGAGGCAUGUCUAAAUUGGAGGGACAGAAGCAGUAUGAGUGCAGGAAUCAGAUGGAACCAUGGAGGAGCAUAUUUGAACAUUGUUAAUCUUUUUUUGUGUGUGGCCUUCCUAUGUGUAAGCAAGGAGGCUGACUGCAAUAGGGACUCUGCUAACGACUUUGAGGACACCUCAGGCUAUGACAAUACAGCCAGUGAACCCCUGGGUGGGCGCUUACCUUUCCUCUUACCAGAUAGUGUGGCGCUGCCAUCAAAGGAGCAGGUAAAGCGAGCAGCAGAUGUGUGGUCUGUAUGCCACUUGGUAUAUCUGGAGAGUCCAGUGUUCCAGAGACAGCUCUUCAGAUUAGGUGGCCUGAAUGUGUGCUGUCGCCUCAUGACUAUGGUCCUUCAGAAUCUUAACUUGAAAACCAAAGAAGUCAAAUCUAAUGAAAUGAGGGACAGCAAGGGCAACACAAGCCCACCACACUCAGACUCUUCAGCCCUAGCACCAGUACAGACUGCUCUGGAGGACAUACUAGUUGGAACACAUGAAACACAACAGCUAGACCUUAAUAAUUCCGUGAGUCCUGGUCAUAUGGAGGUAAAGACCAAGGUUCCAGCAUACAAGCUAGAAGAAGAGUGGCCUUUACAGUGUAUACGCCUGCUGGAAGCACUUCUACCCAUCUGUCUUCACAGUUCCAAGUGUGUGUUCCAGAAAGCUGAAUCCAACAUCUCAUUCCAGUCUGUAGAGGACACCCUGUGUGAGGUGAAGGAUCAGCUGUCUCUCUCUGGUGUGGUGAACUCUGACCUGGCUGUUCCUCUGUUUGACUGCCUGUUGCGUGUUGCACUGGCUCAAGUGCCUGCCCCAGCCACUGCCAUUGAGGAGAAACCUGAAAGGUUUCAAGCCAGUUGUGAGGCCUCGGCUGCAGCUGAGAAUCUGUCUGAUGAAGUGGAUGAAGUUCAGGUGUGUGAUGAUCAAGCGCUGGGUGAGGAGAAAGGCUACGAGGCUGAUAGUGAAAGCAACCCGGAGGAUUCUGCACAGCUGGAGGAAGGUGUGAAGAUGGAAGUGUUUACCCCAGUAGAGGAAUGUUUGCUUGGAUCUGCUGAUAUAUCACAUGGCUUUGGACAAGUCUUGUUGCUCUUCCCACAAAUAUGCCUUAUGGAGUUGCAGCUGCUGGCCAAUAAUUCUCCAGACCUAGAUGUGCUAUGUCACGUACUGCAAAGCCUUCUUGGAGCUGUGAAGAUGCACCGUUCCAAUGCUACAAUGAUUUACCAACAGGGUGGUGCAAAAACCAUUCUGACUGGCUUUGCGAACAUUCUCGGUCAGUCAAAUCCCUGCUUUAAAGAGUGCCAGACCUUGCUAGUGGAAUUGCUGGUUUCAAUGGUGAAAGACAGGAUAACAGCAGAGGAAGUGGCCCUGUUGAUCCAUCUCUUCUUGGAGAAGACUCCACCUACUAUGAUUCUGCUGAAUGGCAUUCUCCAGAUGGUGGAGGCUAACACCGAAAUGGAGCCACUAUAUUACUUGUCUUUUCCCAUGUCCCUGUGCACCAGUGCCUCCAACAGAACCACCAAUGGAGGGGUUGGCAUCAGGGCAGCAGUGAAUACUCUUUGGAGGGGCAAGCUUGGCACAGGCAAGGGGGAAGGUGAGAGUCAUGCCCCGCAUUGUCAGGCUUCCCCUUGGCACAUUGCUCCUCUUCACCUGCCUCUGGUUGGGCAAAACUGCUGGCCGCACAUGGCCAGUGGCUUUAGUGCCUCACUCUGGAUCCGACCUGUGAAGAACAAUGAUGAGGAGUGGCCUACACAAAGAGCUGAGAUUAUACGGGGUGGUGGAGUCCAGCAAGGAGAAAAAGACCUCCUUCAUGUUCUUUCCAUCGGCUCCAAAGCCCUAAUGCUGCAAGUGUGGGCUGACAUUUCUUCAGGAGCCUGCACCUUCAGGAUCAGCAUCGAUCCUAAUGAUGAAAUGAAGGCUGGUCUGCUGGCCCAGGCCGAGUCUUUGCAUGGUGUACUGAGUGUAGGCCGGUGGCAGCACCUUGCUCUCACUUAUACACAGCAGCCUGAGGGCAAGAAGAACAUCCGUGGUCGGUUGGCACUCUGGGUGUGUGGCAUCAAAAAAUGUGAGGUCUCACUAGACUACACCCUCCCCAGGAAGUCCAGUCUGUCAUCUGAUAGUAGCAAGACCUUUUGCAUGCUGGGCCAUUUCCUGAACAGCUCAGAAGUGUUGCCACAAACCUUGACUUCCCAUUUGGAUAUGGGCAGUGUGCUUUUGUUUAAUGGCUCCAGAAUACGCACUGAUGAGGCCUUUUAUCUGUACACAAAUGGUCCUGACUUUAACUCCAUAAUGCCAUGCAAGUAUGGAAAGCCCAGUGGGACAUUCUCCAAGUACAUUACUCAGGAAGGGCUUCAGUGUGAGCAAGUUCGGGAGCUGCUGAUGAGGAAUUCUGAAAUAGACACUUCAUUUAUUAUUGAUAGCCUAGCUGUUGUCUACUCUCCCAGCAAUCCUUCCAUCUACACCAUCUAUGAGCCAGUGAUCCGCCUGAAAGGUCAGGUCAAGGCUCCUGUAGCAUUCCAGAGGCCCUUCAGUGCUAAAGAAUUGCAGAGCUCUGUGCUGGAGCCUCUGUCACUCAGGCGCUUGCAGGCUUUGCAGCCCCUUGGACUCCACAGCUGUCUCCAUAAGAUCGGUGGCACUGGUGCAUUCAUCUUUCUCUUUGCUCGGGCAGUGGAGCUAAGUGAUUGUGAGAAGACUCAGGCAUUGGCACUGCAGGUUUUGCUGUCACUUGUUAAGCACAAUCAGCAACGCAUGCAUGAGAUGGAGUGUUGCCACGGGUACUCCAUGAUACACCAAGUCCUCAUGAAGACCAAAUGCAUUGUGGGAUAUCAUAUUCUUAAGGCUCUGUUGGAUGGCUGCUGCAGUGGCUCUAUCCUGAUGGUAAAGGACGACAAUCAGUGGCAUGUGGACACAGAGUCCACUAUUGUGGUGCAAGACCUGAAGCUGCUCUCUGAAAUACUACUGGACUGGAAGAUAUGGGCCAAAGCUCAGAGUGGAGUGUGGGAGACUCUUUUAGCUGCUCUAGAGAUUCUUAUCAGAGAGCACCAUCCUCAGCAGGCAUUCAAUAUUCAGCAACUGCUCAAAUCCCAAGUGGUACACCGGUUCCUGCUAACCUGCCAAGUGCUCCAGGAGAAUCAGGAUGACCACCUUACCUCUGUUCCACACGGAGUGUGCCUGUCCUUCAUUAAAAUCAUUCAGGAAGUACUUGGUUCGCCCCCUGACCUGGACCUGCUGUGUUUGCUCUACAACUUCCUGCUGGCUGUGCACCCACCUACUAACACCUAUGUGUGUCACACACCAUCCAGCUUUUACUUCUUUCUACAUAUUGAUGGUAAGCUGUAUCAGGAGAAGGUCCAGUCCAUGAUGUGUCUGCGACAAUCCAGCAACGAAGGGAAGUCCACCUGCAGUUCUGUGCUCUCGCUCUCCCCAGCUCCAAUCACUGAGAUACAAACUGAAGAUCCUGAAGGUGAUGUUCACACCCCAAACAUCUUUACUCCUUCUCCUUUCUCUUCUUCGGCCCUCCCAGCCUGUAAAGCAUCUUCCAGGCCCCGUGAACUAGAUGAGGCUGACUCUCUGAUUCCACAGCAUGUACUUGACAGCACAGAAAUUCUGAAAGGUGGAGAGGAGCAGCUCCUAAACAGCUGUGAAUCAGCCAAGACAAUCUGUGUUUCUCAGGAUGUAGUUGAUGAGGUACCUCACACAUCCACCAUCAGCAUGGGAGAAGAACAGGAAGCUCAAACAGAGCAGGCAGGCAGUGUCAGCACUGAUUCAGUUGGAGAAGAAGCUCUGCGAAGGCCUGACAGUCUAAAAGGCAUCCAGUCUUUUCCAAGGAGCCACAGCGACCUUGCCAGUCUAGGUCUGGCAUUUCCAGCACAGAACAGUUCUAUGGCCGUUGCUCGCUGGCCCAGCAUAACUGAUCGCACUGCCCCUGAUGAUGACGUGGAGAGCUACACAUACUCUCCUGGCUAUGACCGAACACACAGCAAGGCCAGUGACAGGUCUGGUACGGAAGACUGUGUGGUUCUAAUUUGCUGUGGACUUUAUGAUCUUCUAAGAGGUAUCCUGCUACUGCUGCCGGAUCUCAUGCUGGAGGAAGUGAUGGACAAACUGAUCCAGCCUGAAGCCCUUGUCGUCUUGGUUAACCACCCAUCUCCUCUCAUUCAGCAAGGGGUUAUAAAACUUCUGGAUGCAUAUUUUAGCCGAGCCCAAAAGGAACAGAAAGAGAAGUUCAUAAGGAACCAUGGCUUUUCUCUGCUGGCCAACCAGUUGUAUCUGCACCAGGGCACUCAGGGCGUGUUGGAGUGUUUUCUGGGAAUGUUGUACGGUCGGACUGUAAGCUUAGAGGAGGACCUUGACCUAGAGGACAUGGAAAGCAUUUCUCCAUUCAGAAAGCGAUCUGUGGUGCCCAUACUGGGGCUUUUGGAAAACUCUUUGUAUGAUAACUCGCUGGUCCACAAUGCCUUGUGUGUGCUACUGCAGCUGCUGAAUGCUUGCCCGAAACUGGCUGAUAUACUGCUGGACCAUGGCCUCCUCUAUGUACUCAUCAACACCCUGUCCACUCUCAAUGGCCUAGAGAAUGGGAUUCCUCAAAAUGACUUCAGACUUCUUGUAUGUGACAUACAGCAGCUGCUGGUGGCAGUAACCAUCCAUGCCUGCAGUUCAUCUGGCUACCAGUAUUUUCGCAUCAUUGAGGAUCUCAUCACUUUGCUGGGUUUUAUGCAGGGCAGCAAAGUAUAUCGCACUCAGGAAAUGGCUAGGGCCUUGCAGUUCCGUGUACUCCUAUCAGCCAUUGACUUCAUUAAGACAACGGCCAAUCAGGACCCUCGGAAGUUGAGCACCUCUGUCCACACUUCUGUCUCCCUGCAGCACACUGUCCAUCAGAAACGCAAAAGCAUUGCAGGCCAGCAGAAAUUCUCCUUAGUACAAUCAGAUUCAUUGCUGAUGCGGAUGCGCUCUGUGGCCAAUGAUGAGCUUACCCAAAUGAUGCAACGGCGAAUGAGUCAGGAAAACCCCAUCAGAGCCUGUGAGACCGAGUUUAUUCAGAGGCUGCAAAGACUUGUGGUGCUGGCUGUCAACAGAAUAAUAUACUAUGACAACAGUAAGGAUUUCCUUGACCUACUAAACUUUCCAGAGUCUCCUGAUCACACAGUGAGCACACCAUUACAUGCUGAGCAAAUAUCACAGGAGAACAGCAUCACACAUCCUGCUCCUUUCCCACUCGCUGAUAUGAGAUGUUUCCAGAAAGAUCUUCUCAAGCUCAUGAUGGAGGGCCUAAAAAUCGGGCUGGGCAGUACUGGACACAGUGGAGCACCACGACAGCAAUGGUGUCGCAUCCUCUGGUCCUGCAGGGACACGUUCCGGAUUCAGAUUGGUCGGCUUCUGGUGCACACACUCAGUCCUGCACUUCAUCUAGAGGACAGGAAGAAAGCACUAGAGUUUGUCUGUGAGCAAAAUCAUCCUGACGUCCUCAGAGAAAUUCUCAGCCCUGGACUUGAGCAUGGACCCAAGCUGGCUCUAUACCUGUAUGAGAUGCUUCAUGACCACAAAGAGAGACUCACUAAGGAAGAACAGGCAGCUGCUAACACCUUCAUGACAUCGCUGAAGCUGUGUGGUCAUCGCUGCAUCCCUCCAACUGCACCACCCAAACCAGACCUACUCAAGGCCAUCAGAGAGGAGCAACUCAAAUAUGAGUCAGAGGCAAGAACAAGCAAAGAUGCAUGGGAAAAAAAACUAGCCAGUGCCCAAAAGAUUCUAAUGCAGAGGCUGGAUGGUAAGUCAAAGGACAUCUCCAAGAUUGCAGCAGACAUCACUCAGAACAUGUCUCUUAGACAAGGUAUCGAAAGGAAGAAGGUGAUUCAGCACAUCCGGAGCCUUUACAAGACUGACCUGAGUGCCAGCCGCCAUUGGCAAGAGCUGGUGCAGCAACUCACCCAUGAUCGUGCAGUGUGGUAUGACCAGUCGUCUUACCCAACAUCAUGGCAGCUGGAUCCCACUGAGGGCCCCAACAGGGAGCGCAGGCGUCUUCAGCGAUGCUACCUCACCAUCCCUAAUAAAUAUCUUCUAAAGGACCGCUGCAAACCAGAGGACCCUAUCAAGGCCCCACUUGCUUUCCUCUUUGAAGAGAAGACCCACUCAUCUUAUUCUUCAACCGUGAAGGAUAAAGCCACUAGUGAGCCCAUCAGAUUCACAAGGAAGUGUAUGAAUGUAGCGCCCUCAAGAGAAACUGCAGGAGAAUUGUUGCUGGGGAAAUCAGGGAUGUACUUUGUGGAGGACAAUGUGUCUGAAGCCAGCAAUAGCCAGCAGAUUCCUCAGGGAGAGACGGAGCCUGCAUCCUUCUGCUGGACUUAUGAGGAGAUAAAAGAGGUGCACAAACGCUGGUGGCAGCUCAGAGACAAUGCUGUGGAGAUCUUCCUCACAAAUGGCCGAACUCUGCUUCUGGCAUUUGAUAAUACAAAGGUUCGUGAUAACGUCUACCAUAACAUCCUUACUUCUGAACUGCCCAACCUGCUAGAAUACGAUAAUAUAAAUGCCCUCACACACCUGUGGGGCUCCAGCCAGAUCACCAAUUUUGAGUAUCUUACCCAUCUUAAUAAGCAUGCAGGGCGCUCUUUUAACGACUUAAUGCAGUAUCCAGUCUUCCCCUUCAUCCUGAGUGACUACACCAGUGAGAUGCUGGACCUGCAAGACUCAUCUAUUUACAGAAACCUGAGCAAACCUAUUGCAGUGCAGUCAAAAGAGAAAGAGGACCGAUAUGUAGACAACUACAGGUAUUUGGAGGAGGAAUAUAAGAAGGGUGCACGUGAGGAUGACCCCAUGCCCCCUGUACAACCGUACCACUAUGGUUCCCAUUACUCCAACAGUGGUACCGUUCUGCACUUCCUAGUCCGGAUGCCUCCCUUCACCAAAAUGUUCCUGGCCUAUCAAGACCAGAGCUUUGAUAUUCCUGACCGAACCUUCCACUCCAUGAAGACCACAUGGAGACUAUCCUCUUAUGAGUCCAUGACUGAUGUUAAGGAGCUGAUUCCAGAGUUUUUUUAUCUGCCAGAAUUCCUGGUCAACAGAGAAGGUUUUGACUUUGGGGUUCGGCAGAAUAGUGAGAGAGUGAACCAUGUGAAUCUGCCUCCAUGGGCGAGGAAUGACCCACGGCUCUUCGUGCUGAUCCACAGACAGGCUCUCGAGUCUGAACAGGUGUCUCAGAUGCUCUGCCAGUGGAUCGACCUGGUGUUUGGACUGAAGCAGAAGGGCAAGGCUGCUAUCCAGGCCAUCAAUGUGUUUCACCCCGCGACAUAUUUUGGCAUGGACGUUUCAGCAGUAGAGGAUCCUGUACAGCGGCGAGCCUUAGAGACCAUGAUAAAGACCUAUGGCCAGACGCCCAGACAGCUGUUCCACACCUCACACAUCAGCCGUGCUGGACCCAAACUCAUAAUUGAGGGAGAGUUGCCCGCUGCCAUGGGCCUGCUGGUACAGCUGGCAUUCAGGGAGAGCCGUGAUCAGAACAAAGAUAUUGUCCACCCGAGUCCUCUGCCAUGGAUUAAGGGCCUAAAAUGGGGUGAGUAUGUGGGCUCACCCAGUGCCCCUGACCCAGUGGUGUGUUUCAACCAACUUCAUGGAGAGUGCUUUGGCUCCCUGCUGGCACUGCCCACCCGAGCCAUCUGCGGCCUCUCCUGCAAGUUCUGCCUUAUGAUGAUCUACAGCAAGGAGCAGGGUGUGAGAAGUAUGCACAGCACAGAUAUCCAGUGGUCUGCCAUUCUCAGCUGGGGCUACAGUGACAAUACGCUGCGGCUCAAGAGCAAGCAAAGUGAGCCGCCCAUCAAUUACAUCCAGUGCUCUCCGCUCCACCAGGUGACAAGCUGUGCCUGGGUGUCUGAUGGUUGUCAGCUGUUUACAGGCAGUAAAUGCGGAGUCAUCACUGCCUACAGCAACCGCUUUGUGGGUCACGGGGAAACCUGGAGCCUAUCCCAGGGAGCAUCGGGCACGAGGUGUGGUAUACCCUGGACAGCGUGCCAAUCCAUCGCAGUGCACAAUCACACACACAUUCACACAUCCAUUCACAUAGUACGGACACUUUGGACAUGCCAAUCAGCCUACCAUGCAUGUCUUUGGCCUGGGGGAGGAAACCGGAGUACCCGGAGGAAACCCCCGCAGCACUGGGAGAACAUGCAAACUCUGCACACACUGGGCCACAGUGGGAACCCCCAGCCCUGGAGGUGUGAGGCGAACAUGCUUACCAGUAAGCCACCGUGUGCCCGACAACGAUUUUCAUAAUCGAUUAUUAUCGAUUAGUUGUUGCAGCUCUAGUUUAUACUUGCACCAAAUUUUUUAGACAGCUGACUGGGAACAACCAACAUCUUUUGCCACACUCCAUGUUUGAUUUCCUUCUUGAAGGAGUUUUAUAAUCCUUUCCAUUGUUUCCAUUGAAAACUCUCUUGUUGGGGCCAUGUUUCCUUUAAAAAAGUCCAAUGUUAAGGUCUGCAAGCACUCUCUGUUUUAACUGCAGAGUAAUUUGCAUUUUUGGACUUGUGCUGGUAUUUGUUAUAGAAAUGCAAGUUACAUGGUGAUUCCAUAAUUAUUUCCUCAACACUGAGUGAUUUCCAUAAUUUUUUCCUUCUACUUGAUCUGGAAAAUAAUAUGGCAUUAAUUAAAAUAAUUUCAUUUAACUUGUUUGAGGUAUGUUUCACAAAGCCAGAAUGUUUAGCUAUUAAGCAAAAAUUGUUUUGUAUCAUAUCUGUGAUUUGUUUAUUUGCUACAAAUUUAAAAUCCCGGGUGAACAUCCUCCAAGUGUGGGGAUUCCAUAAUUUUUGCCAGGGGUUGUAGUUGCAUACUUAAAUAAACCAUUGGAAUUUAAGCACUUCAGCGUGAUCUUCCCAUUUUACUAUAUUGGUUUGACAAAGAAAUAUUGAUACUCUAUCUAUCCAAUCAAAUCUACAAGUAUCUAACUAGAGAAUCCAAUUCUAGAAAUAUUGGCACUUAUCUAUCUAUUUAGCUAUCUAGCUAUUGGCAACCUAUCUGUCUGUCUGUCUUCAUGGAAUGUUCAGAGCCUGUCUAAGAAUGUUCAAAAACCAACUGCCAAAAUCACAGACACCUGUGUGCACACAGCCUGAAGCCUGUCUUCUCUCCCUCUCUCUCUCAUUGUACCUGUAACAGAGACUCUCACUUGAUCGAUCUAUCUAUCUAUCUAUCUAUCUAUCUAUCUAUCUAUCUAUCUAUCUAUCUAAUCAACUCUACAAAUAUUGGCACCCUAUCUGUCUAUCCACUUCUAGAAGUAUUGUUUAUCUAUCUAUCCAACUCUACAAAUAUUGGCACCCUAUCUGUCUAUCCUACUAUAUAAGUAUUUGCACCCUAUCUCUAUCUGUCCAACUCUACUAGUAUUUACUAGCUCUCUAUCUACCUAUCUGUCCAUCUAAUCAACUAUACAAAUAUUGGCAUCCUAUUUAUCCAACUCUCCAAGUAUUGGAACCCAAUAAAUCUAACUGUACAUGUAUUGGCACCCUAUCUAUUCAAUCAACUCUACAAGUGUUGGCACACUAUUUAUCUAUCAACUCGAAGUAUUGGAACCCUAGCUAUCUAACUGUACAAGUAUUGCUGCCCUAGCUAUGUAUGUAGCUCUACAAGUUGUAGCACUGCCAAAUCUAGUCCAUGUUUUAAAUACCUUUAAUUAUUUUAAUUAUUGCUGCCAGGUAUAAUUUAGUGCAGUCUUGUUGCCGCAUCAGCAUUGUGUUUGGCUCUGUGCUCACAUUUGCAAGCCUUUACGAGAACUCCGCGCCAGUUAUCAUGUUAUCACGUUAUCAUUGUUUACGGAAGUAAACAUAAACUGGGAGAGUGACGGCACGGGGAGAGUGCUCAACUAAGGAAUUCCAAACUCCAUGGAUUAUCGUCAUGCUUCUGCGUGGAUAGUUGCUGCUGAAGGAAUGCUUUUUUUUCCUUCUAUUUUUGGUGAUUGUCCAGGAGGAUUCAUGAGCAAGUUGCCGUAAUCCGGUAAAAAGGUGGAUCUGCUUACCCUUGGACUGAGGAAUGGGUGAGGACCAUCCAAAAGACUUUAAUUCCUUGAAUAUAUUUCUUUUUCACUACAAGAGAGACUGGGUUAUUUGAAAAUAUUUGGUGGCUUGCUUUUUUUUAUAAUACAUAAACUUGGUAAAGGUUUUAGGUGUGCUUUUCUUUAUACGCUGUUUGAGGCUGGAACUUUUUUGUAAGCAGUGCCUCUAUGAGGUGAGUUGUUGCAAAGUAUUGGCACCCUAUAUAUCCAAUGAACUCUCCAAGUAUUGGCCCUCUAUCUAUCUUUCUGGAUGGAAUGUUCAGAGCCUUGCUCGGAAUGUUUAAGAUUUCAGACUCCAACUAUCAAAACUCAUACACACACCUGUGUGCACAUAACCUGAAGCCCUCUUGCUCUGUCAGUAUACCUGUAACAGAGAUUCUAUCUCUCUGUCAUACUGUCUGUCUGUCUGUUUUUUUCACAUGACUGUAGAUAGACAGACUGUCCGACUGUCUGUCUACAGUCAUGUGAAAAAAAACAAGUACACCCCAUGGAAAUUGUUGGCUUUUUUGACAUAUUUGGACAAGCAAACAUUUGAUCCUCUUUGAAAGAGUGCCCAUUAAUAAAGUUGAUUUACUUGAACAAAACCACAAGGAAAAUCAGCUUUUUCAGUAAUUUAUUCAACAGAAAUAUAAAUAGAUAUGAUAUUCUCCUGUUGAAAAAGUAAGUACACCCUUGGCCUCAGAAGCUAGUAUUUCCCCCUUUAGCAGAAAUAAUUUCUUGUGGGUGUUUUGCAUAAUUGUCCAGGCUUGCUGGAAUUUUUGACCAUCCUUCCAUGCAAUAUUCUUUCAGUUGCAAG